UUGAUCUUCUUCUACUUCAAUUUCACAGAUCUCUCUCUCUCUCUACUCCACCAUGUGCUGCUGAGAAAGACCCCCCAUAACGGUUGUUUGGAUCGUCUCAGCCAUCAUGGGGAAGGAGAUAGUUGUCUCUGUAAACACCAUUCCGCUCCAUGCUCGUCCUGUAACUCGUGCCCUUGCGUCUGCUCUGCGUGCUGCUGCUACUACACUGACUAACCAAGGAAGGGUUCUGAGAGCAAACAGUAAAAGAACAGCCUCCGAUGAUAAGAAUGACAAUACACCUAAGAAGCGAGCUGUUCUUAAGGAUAUUUCAAAUGUUACCUGCAAAAAUUCUUACACUAGCUGCUUAAAUGCAGCCAAAAUUCAGGUGGAGAAUAUCAAGCAGGUAAAACAAAAGGGAAGGGAAGGUUCUUCCAAAGUGGCAUCAUCUUCUGCUACCUCACAAGUUACAGAUGCAAAGGUACAUGUUGUGUCUGAUUCAGCAGGAGUAAGCCUAUGCACAAACGAAGCAUCUUGUAGCUUUGUCGAGAAGCCGAGUUCCGAGUUGCCUCCAAGACCCCUCGGGAGAUCAACUUGUACAGCUGAGAGAAGUUGUGUUGGAGGAAGUUCCAGUGUGGCAAGUAGCCCAAAAUUAAUAGACAUUGAUUUAGAUGUUAAGGAUCCUCUACUCUGUAGCCUAUAUGCACCUGAUAUCUACCACAACCUGCGUGUUGCUGAGCUUAAACGCAGACCACUUCCUGAUUUUAUGGAGAGAACACAAAGAGAUGUGACUCAGACAAUGCGGGGAAUCCUGGUUGAUUGGCUUGUAGAGGUCUCAGAGGAAUACACACUUGCAUCCGAUACUCUCUAUCUCACAGUGUAUCUCAUAGAUUGGUUUCUGCAUGGGAACUGCAUGGAGAGACAAAGACUUCAGUUGCUCGGCAUCACUUGUAUGCUCAUUGCUUCGAAGUAUGAAGAAAUCUAUGCGCCACGCAUUGAAGAGUUGUGCUUCAUCACGGAUAACACUUACACAAGAGAACAGGUUCUAGAAAUGGAGAGUCAAGUACUGAAGAAUUUUAGCUUUCAAAUUUACAGUCCCACUUCAAAAACAUUCCUAAGGAGAUUUCUCCGAGCAGCUCAAGCUUCUCACUUGAUGCCAAGUCUGGAAAUGGAGUUUCUGGCGAAUUAUCUGACGGAAUUAACGUUAAUAGAGUGUCAAUUCUUGAAGUACCUUCCUUCGGUUAUAGCUGCUUCGGCUGUUUUUCUAGCCAAGUGGACAAUGAACCAAUCAAGCCACCCUUGGAAUGCAACACUUGAGCAUUACACAACGUACAAAGCCUCGGACCUCAAAGCAUGUGUUCAGACCUUGCAAGAGCUGCAGCUUAACACUAAAGGAUGUCCCUUAAACUCUAUACGCAUGAAGUAUAGGCAAGACAAGUUCAAAUGUGUGGCGGUGUUCACAUCUCCUAAGAUACCUGAGAGGCUAUUCUGAAAUCGGUUCAUCUCCUAACCGAUAUAACACGUCUGUCUUUAACAUUUGUGAUGGUCCCUGGUUCGGUUCGUCCUCAUUCAUUUGUUCCUCUCUCUCUCAAAUAAAAGAGUAGUAAUUUUUCCAAGGUCUCAUUUAUACCAAGAAGAGUAAUAACAGGUAUAUUCCGGUUUAGUGUAGACUUUUUUGAUUCUGGUCUGUAUUACACGAGUGUUUUAUUUUUAAAUUGUAAGUCGGAUCGGAUGUACAUUUUUUUGGUUUGGUUCAUCAGGCAAUUUCUG